UCCCUUGCAUCUUUACUCCAAAUAGGAAAAUGGAACUUCCCAUCCUUCUUAUCUUCUCCCUCUCAUUUUUCUGGUUCAUCAUCAAGCCAUAUGUCCAAUCUAAAUCAAGAAAAAACUUACCACCAGGUCCCACUGGCCUCCCAAUAAUUGGCUCACUCUUAAAACUAGGUUCAAAACCAAACCAAUCAUUAACCAAGCUAGCCAAAAUCCAUGGCCCUCUCAUGACCCUAAAACUCGGUUCACUCACCACCAUAGUAGUCUCUUCAGCCGAUGUAGCUAAAGAAAUCCUCCAUAAACACGACGAAACUUUCUCAGCACGAAUUGUACCUGUCGCUGUUGCUGCUCAACCUAACCCUGAAGGGACGAUAGCAUGGGUCAACGGCGAUCACACGUGGAAGAAAAAGAGAAGAUUCCUUAGCACUCAGAUGUUUACUAACCAACGGUUAGAUUUACUACAAGAACUACGUCACCAAAAGGCUGAACAACUAGUGAACCACAUAAGGAAACAGUGUGAGGAUGGUGUGGCUGUUGAUAUAGGACGUGUUGCGUUUGCGACCACAUUGAAUUUAAUUUCUAACACGAUUUUCUCGAUUGAUAUGGUGGACCCGGAAUUCAAGACGGCUCAUGAGUUUAAAGAAUUGGUUUGGACGAUUAUGGAGGAUGCUGGGGUACCCAAUUUGUCUGAUUAUUUUCCGGUACUAAAAUGGCUAGAUUUGCAAGGAGUGAGACGUCGUAUAAGGCCAGCGUAUUUAAGGUUGCAUGAGAUAUUUGAUGAAGCAAUUGAGAAGAGAAUAGAAGAUAGAGCUGCAGCUAUGAAGAAAAAAGGGGAUUUCUUGGAUGUACUUCUUGAUCAAUGUGAAGAUGAUGGGUCUGGAUUUGGUACAACUAUCAAGCCUCUUAUGGUGGAUUUAUUCAUUGCCGGAAGUGACACAUCCGCCAUAACAACAGAAUGGGCAAUGGCCGAACUCCUUCGAAAGCCUCAAGAACUCAACAAAGUACGACAAGAAAUUAUUCAACAAAUAGGCACAGAAAGGCCAGUGAAAGAAUCAGACAUCGUCAAUCUCCCAUACCUUCAAGCAGCUGUGAAAGAAGCCAUGAGACUUCAUCCAGCAGUUUCAUUACUCUUACCACACAAAGCCCAAAACGACAUAGAAGUGUUGGGCUAUACUGUGCCCAAGGACAGUCAAGUUUUUGUGAAUGCUUGGGCGAUUGGAAGAGACCCGAAAUCCUGGGUAAGGCCACUAGAGUUUCUGCCUGAAAGAUUCAUGGAAUCUAGUGUGGAUUACAAAGGUAGGGACUUUGAGUUUAUACCCUUUGGCGCGGGUCGGAGAAUUUGUCCUGGAAUACCACUGGCUAUAAGGAUGGUGAAUUUGAUAUUGGCUUCUAUUAUUCAACCAUUUAGUUGGAAGUUACCUGAUGGGAUGGUUCCAGAGAAAUUGGACAUGGAGGAACAGUUUGGAGUUAGCUUGAGGAAGGCUACUCCUCUUGUUGCAAUUCCUAGUAUGGAAGAAAAUAAGGUCAUCUUUUAGUGAUUUGCUACUGUUUUUUUUUUUUUUUUUACCUUAAUGGGAUUGUUCCUAUGAGCUAUGUGAUUGUGAGAAGUAUAUUUAUGUAAGGUUUGGGUUAUGUAUUUUUCUAAAAAUAAACAUUUAGUUGGAGACAAGAAACUCGAAAUCAAUAAAGAACUUUGAUUUGUCGAA